UAGCGUCCACCAUCUCUGCUUGCUGAAAAGCUGCAGAGGCCGUCAGGAGCCCACGCACCUGAGACUUUUACCUUUACCCAAGAAAGGAAUAAAAGAGGUCAGACGAUGACAACUGUGUCCUCAACAGCCAGGCCCCAGGCUUUUGAGGACAUGGCUGUGUACUUCACUAAGAAGGAAUGGGCCAUCAUGGUACCUGACCAGAGGGCCUUGUACAGGGACGUGAUGAUGGGGAACUAUGAGGCUGUGGCCUUUGAAGUGCCACCUACUUCCAAACCAGCUUUGGUCUCUCAUCUGGAGCAAGGGAAAGAGCCCUGUUUCGCCCAACCACAGGGAGUCCUAAGCAGGAGGGACUGGAGAGCAGGCUUUAUAGGAUACUCGGAACUGAGAAGAUAUACUUACUUAGCUAAACCAAUAUUACUUAUAAUAAAAUCCAAACUUCUUCAAAAUCAUCAAUGCUGGGAAGACAGGAGAAAGGCUUGUUAUGGUUUUCUACAAUAUUUAAGCAGCAAAGAGGACUUUUUCUAUGCCUCAAGACUAGGAAAUUCCCGGGCGGAGGAGCUCCACGGUCACCAGCGUGGCUGUUUCGGCCAACGCGGCUGUGCCGGCUGGCGCCGCUGCUUUGCUCCGGGCGGCUGCUUUGUCGGCGCCCUGGAGCAGCGGUUCUCUGUACAAAAUAAACCGGUCCGGGUGCCCUUUUGGCUGGCGAUUGGAGCCAUGGGAAGUCGCCCAUUCGCCGGUUCAAAAAGGGGACUGAGCAGAGAACCAGGACAGUAG